AUGGGGACUGGAACCCCGCUCGGUAAGAACAUAAAGACGCAGGCUUUUGCCUCCACGCUCUAUGUGAUGGCUCCGGUCUACUCGGACGACUCCAACGGCUAUGCCAAAACGGGACCGGUCCCCAGGAGCCUGAAUAGGCAGUACCAACAGCACGCCAGCUCACAUGACGGCGGGGCACCUUCGGUCAUCUACAAGUUUGUGCCGUCUUGGUCGCUACAACUCUCCUCAACCGGUGCUCUCAGCAGUGGUGAGCAGGAUGCGAACGGAACUGGCGGAUCCGAGAAUAUCGGCGAGCCCCGGUCUCCCGGCAGCAUCAGCAAGCACCCCGUGACAAACGUCCACGAGUCUCGAUAUACCGGCGACGGGUUGAUCGGUGGCACUCACUCGGCCGGAUUGUCUACAUCGACGGAUCCAAAACCAAGGAAUCAGCCAAUGUUUCGGUGGAUUCACCUUUAUCGUACAUCGAUGGACUUUGCCGAGUUCUCGGUAUGGUACCGCCACCCCACGCCGAGAACAUUCCUACAGAAUCUAGUCUGGUCUAACGGUACCCAGAACGUUGCAAGCCAAGCCGCCAACCUCACAAAGGUAGAGCGAAAGGGGAUCAUCGACAUCCUCACCCGUGUGAGGCGCAAGUUCAUCAAGCCCAUAGGCACUCCAAGUGGUCGGCAUGCGCAGUACGUCGAGGCCUCAUGUAUCCAGCACAUCCUCCCUUCGGCAGACGGCCGAGCCGCCGACCGACCCGACGAGUCGCACGCCAUCACUUGGAUGUGCCUUCCUUACUUCAGUCUCGAGAAGUAUUCGGGCCUCGAUGCGUCUGACAAGCCUGCCUUUCCCGCGCCUACUCUCCUCCAGGCUUGCUUCUCUAAUGCCACGCAAAGCCGAGAUAUGCAGCAGGCUGUCAGCCAGAUUGCACCACCGGCAUGGUGCUUUCACAUCCCACAACUCUGGUGCCUGGUUCUGGGAAAUUCCCUUCUCGUGACUUGCGGUCGGAUGGCACAGACACACUUAUGCGGCGACUUCAUCUCCCUUUCUACAGUUCCUUCGAGCCUGUCACCAGAACCGAGCGUACCCAACACAAGGCUCCUCGUGUCAUACGGAGGCUCCGUCAUGUGGCGUCUGUCUGUAGACGAGUGCUCAACAUGGCUUGACUUCGUCAUGCACUUUCUUGAAUUCUGGCCUCAGCCGAUUACCUUCUAUCUCCAGAAGAGAGCCGUCAAGUCAACGGAAUGGCCCAGGCUCUGCUACAUGGCUAAGACUGUCACUGUUACUCUCGACCUUCAGCUGGGACCCGAAGCCGGCGAAGAGGUAUCGCCGGAAAUCCGCGGCCCUCCGCGAAAUAUUUUGAGGCUUCAGACUGCCCCAUUGGACGGACAGGCCUCCAUGACCAACACGGCAAUUUUCAGCUGUCUCGACGGAGUGCCGCUGGCUGAUGGGACCGCAAUCGAUGCUGAAGCCCUCGACAGACAUAUGGAGGAGGUGGAUGGAUUUCUCCUCAACGGUAUAAGCCUUGCGGAUCGCAGUGUAUACAUUUCCUGCCCAAAGUCAAGCAGGGAUGAAGUCCAUAAGAUGAUGAAGACGCGUUCUGACGAGGUUUCCGCCUCAAAGCCGACCGAUGAGAUUACGAGGGACUGGCUCAAGCUCCAACGCGUUUUCGAGGAUCAGGUUACCCUUUUCAACUUGGCGGACAUAGUAUUCCGAUUCUUCUUUCCGACCAACUUUGCCUUCAUCACUGUCCCUCAAUACUGGGGGGCAAUCAAGCUAAUCCUCAAGGUGAGCGAGUACACUACCGAGACACCCGCUUAG